AUGUAUGAAUCUACUGCGUACAGGCUUGACUGUCAAGGCCCAUUGGCACAACUGCCUGCGGAUUGCUCUCCUUCUCCUCGCACCGCAGCGCGUUCGCAGUGCUCACGCUUUUCCACAACAAAUCGGUUCCAGCCCCUUCCUCGGUUAGAUGAGUGCACCCGGAUUGAAAGCAAUCAUGCCCUCCUCCCUGCUCCUCACCGCACCUAUCCUAUCAGCCAUUAUCCGACCGAGGUCCCUUUUUGUGAGGCAUGCCGACAACAAGAUGCGGAGUUACAAUCGGCUGCUGAGCUGAAAUCCCCUUCUCCCGUUGGCUUGCCUUCCUCGGACGAUGAUGAUGCAUCACGAUCUUGGAUCUUCAAGCAGCUGCCCGGUCCUUGGUGGUGGUGUGAGGAUUGUCAGGCUUCUGUCACUUCACCGGAGAUCACCAUUCCACAUUUGUUCGCUGUGCUACGACAGUGGACACCGUACGCCCAGCUUCAAUUGAUCACCAUCGUCGAGGAGGUAUAUUAUAUUACUAUACUCUCCACCCGUUCUGGUUCUGGCAGCAUUUAA